AUGAUCAUCCGUUCCGAAGGUUCCCACAUCCUGUUUCAUCUUGUCAGCAUCAUGGCAAGCGACCUGCGGCGGCUGGCACGCCUUUGCCUGGUAGUGCUUUUCGUGUUGCCUUGCUCAUGGCGCACUGGAAACGCAUGGAUCUCGAGCACUCGACCGUCGAGGAGGCCGAUCCGAGUUUCCCGUGUGGCGCAUGCAGCGGCGACGGCGCUGCCACUUCCAGAUUCGCUGCAACGUGCGGAAGUGAUGUUAAAGCAGAAAGUCGACGCUUAUGUCGCCGCGCUGAAAAGGGAGAUGGAGCCUUUGCUGAGUCGGCAGGAAACCGAGGCUCUCGCACGGUUCCUGUACAAGUUCGUGCAGCUGAAGAGCCAGAAGAAGCUCCUACCGCUGCAGCCCAUGCUGGGCAUGGCUUACAGGACUCUUUUACCGGCCUUGCCAGCUGAUGCUUUGGCCUCCACGGGACUUGCCAUGGUCUACUCCGGGCUGCGUGAAGGAUCCGCCUGGCAGGAGCUCGGCAACCGGAUCGCUGCAGGCCCUGAUGGCUUCAACCCGCGGGCGCUCGCGGAACUGGCUUGGUCCUUUUCGGAAGUUCGCUACGCACGUGCGGAGGUCUUCAGGAUACUGCAAAGCAAGAUGCAUGGAGUGAAGCAGCGCGCAGACUAUCAGGAGAGAUCCAUUUUCAGUUGGGCGUGCGGAAACCUAGGCUUCAAUGCUUCCGGAGUUUUCGGUCCAGCAUCUUACACCGUGGAUAGCCAGCUGGCACAAAGCCUGUGGACAAGGGUGAAGAGCUUCAGCUCGAUGCCGCCGAACGAAAUGACCACCGUGGCUUUGGAGCCUUUUCCUGUGAUGCUGAUGCACCGGGCGCUCCCGGCGGAUGUCUGCGCUUCGAUGAUCCGCAAAGCCGACGAGGAGGCGCUCUGGGAAUCCUCCACCGUGGUCAGUUCAACGACGUCCCAGCUGCCGCUUCAGCACGUGCGAACUUCGGCAACCGCCACUUUCAACCUUCCACACCAUGAGGAAGAUGAGACGUUGAAUGCGAUCCGAGGCUGGGCAGCUGAGACGCUGGGCUUGCCGGCCGAGUAUGUCGAGCCACUGCAGAUUGCGCGGUAUGGCCGAGGCCAGGAGUACAAGAAGCACGUGGACUGGCGUCCAGCGAACUUCAAUGGGCUUCACAUCUUCGGCCAGCGAGUGGCAACGAUCCUUGUCUACCUGAACACUCUUCCAGAGGGCGCAGGGGGCGAGACGGAGUUCCUGGCCCUGAAUGCCAAGGUCCGUCCUGUACAGGGCUCAGCGGCCAUCUGGACCAAUGUGAAUUCUCAGGGAGUUCCCACCAUGGAGACUAGCCAUUUGGCGAAUCCCGUGCUCCAGGACGGCGUCAUCAAGUAUGCCCUGAACAUCUGGGUCACGGACAAGCCAUACCCGAAUCGGACAUGGAUAUGCUGGCGUUAG